AUGACGUCAGUUUCGUGCAUAGAGUAGUGUUCGUGUUUAAACCUGGGUUGGGUGUAUGGUGAUACUGAUGUUGACCGUUUCUGAAAAGUUUUUAAUUGUUGCGUUAGUGAAGUGAGUGGAGUUAAUUAUAAUGUGUAGUGUUAUAUAUUCGUGAGACGUCAUGUUUCGUUGUAUUCCAAUUUUUAAAGGUUGUAAUCGUCAGGUUGAAUAUGUUGACAAGCGUCACUGUUCACUACCGACUGUACCCGAAGACAUCUUGAGAUAUUCGCGAAGUUUGGAAGAGCUUUUACUGGAUGCUAAUCAUAUUCGAGACCUUCCGAAGAACUUCUUCCGUUUACAUCGUUUAAGGAGACUGGGAUUAAGUGAUAAUGAAAUUCAUCGUUUACCACCUGACAUCCAGAAUUUUGAAAAUUUGGUGGAAUUGGAUGUGUCAAGAAAUGACAUUCCUGACAUUCCAGAGAAUAUCAAGAACCUACGAUCUCUGCAAGUGGCAGAUUUUAGCAGCAACCCCAUCCCCAGGUUACCCCCUGGCUUUGUGCAGCUUCGUAACCUGACAGUAUUAGGUCUUAAUGACAUGUCCCUCACCAAUCUCCCACCUGACUUUGGAAGUCUUACAAAUCUACAAUCCCUGGAAUUACGUGAGAACCUGCUUAAGUCCCUACCAGAGUCUUUGUCUCAAUUGUCCAAGCUUGAGAGGCUAGAUCUUGGGGACAAUGAGAUAGAGGAAUUGCCUCACCAUAUAGGGAAUCUUCCAUCACUUCAGGAACUUUGGUUGGACCACAAUCAACUUCAGCAUCUACCUCCUGAAAUUGGCAACCUAAAGAAAUUGGCUUGCCUGGACAUCUCUGAGAAUCGGUUGGAAGACCUUCCAGAUGAGAUUGGAGGCCUUGCAAGCCUCACUGACCUUCAUUUGUCUCAGAAUGUAAUAGAAUCUCUACCCGAUGGGUUGGGAAACCUUCAGAAGUUAACAAUUCUGAAAGUGGAUCAGAACAGGCUGGCAAUCUUGAAUCCAAACAUUGGCAAGUGUGAGAACUUGCAGGAACUGAUACUUACAGAGAACUUCCUGAUGGAACUGCCAGUAUCAAUUGGAAAGCUUGUGAAAUUAACCAACCUUAAUGCAGACAGAAAUAACUUGCAGGCUUUGCCAGAGGAGAUAGGCUAUUUAUCACAGCUUGGCGUUCUGUCUCUGAGGGAUAACAAACUUCAAUAUCUGCCAUCAGAAGUGGGAAGCUGUUUGGAACUUCAUGUACUUGAUGUGUCUGGUAACAGGUUGCAGUACCUUCCAUUCUCAUUGACAAACUUGAAUUUGAAGGCUGUGUGGCUGUCUGAGAAUCAGGCUCAACCCAUGCUGAAGUUUCAGACAGACCUUGAUGAGGAAACAGGGGAACAAGUACUGACAUGCUUUCUCCUGCCUCAGCUGGAAUAUCACCCAGAGAACACAGCUGACGCUUUUUAUGAUGGGCGGUUAUAUCGUUGUGAUAGUAAGUUUAGUGGCGAAGAUCUUAACGAGGCAAGUGAUGGUGAAGCUAACAUAGCUUCUGUCUCAUCGCCAGAUGGUCAGCAGGAAAGCGACGAAGAUGACUGGGAGGAAAAGGAGGCCUCAAGGACACAUUCUGUCAAGUUUACUGAUGACGUGGAUGAAGAUCAGAACAAGGAGACUCCAUUUGUUCGGCAAAAUACACCACAUCCCAAGGAGCUGAAGGCAAAAGCACAUAAAUUAUUUGGGAAAGGAAAGUCUCCUGAUGGAAAGGCCACUACAGAUCGAUCGGAAACUGGUAAAGUUCAGCCCCAACCAGAGAAACAAGAGAAGCAGACCUCUGAGAUGGAAACACAACCCCCUCCAAGUGAUCAGAAUUCUUGUGUGGAGCCAACACUGAAAGAUGCAGACAAUACAAAGGAGGUGAACAGUAAGAUGCCAGCUAACCAGGUUGUCCUGAGUGAGACAUUAGCUGUAGUAAUCUCUCCAGAACCUGAGAACCAGGUGGCUGCAGAGUCCCAUGAGUCUGGAAGUGAAGAGAAAGAGCCUAGUGAGAUGGAGGUUGAUGAAUAUUCAAAUGAGGAUCAGGAGGAGACUGAGAAGCAUGUUGGCUUUGAAGUGGAAGAUGAGGAGGAUGCUGGUGCGAGACCAAACAGACUGCAUCGUCGUGACACACCACACCACCUCAAAAACAAACGCAUCAAUGUAAACAUCGAUCACAACAAAGUGGCGUCAAUUAUUGCCCAGGCUAUCAGUAAGCAGAAAAAGGAGGAUGAUGUAGAUAAAGAUGGCUUCUAUCCUACACCACCAGAGUCAGUUGGAGAACAGAGCCAAGAUUUGGAUACAAAUAUUGAAGUCAGAGAAGAGCAAUAUGAGAUCCACAUUGAACGAACAGCUGCCGGCCUUGGUCUCUCAAUAGCAGGUGGCAGGGGUUCCACUCCUUUCAAAGGAGAUGAUGAAGGAAUCUUCAUCUCAAGGGUAUCUGAGGGUGGACCAGCAGACCUUGCAGAUCUCAGGGUGGGUGACAAAGUGCUGUCGGUAAAUGGCCAUUCUUUGGUUAAUGUUGAUCAUUAUGAUGCUGUAGAAGUGCUGAAAAAGUCAGGUUACAAACUGGUGCUUGUGGUGACAAGGGAAGUUCCAAGACUUGUUCCUGUUACAACAAAGCUUCCUGAUAUCACUUCAUCUCCGUCCCCUGGUUCCACUCCCACCUUCAGGCAACAUGGUGCCACUUCCAACCUGGAUUCUGCUUGCUCAAGCCUUGGCACAAGUCGAGCUCCAAGUGCAACUUCUCAUGUGUCAGCUACAACUUCAGGGUUUGAAAGUGCAAGCAAAGGGGAAAAUGGCCAAGUUUCUGGAGAUCAUAACCAUGAACAUAAAACAAAGCCUCAACUCGCCAAGAAGAUACCCGAACCAAUCAAGACGUCAAGAGAUGUUGAAACGCGAAAGCAAACUGUCCACACAACGUUAAUCAGAGACCAGAAUGGCCUUGGGUUCAGCAUAUCUGGCGGCAAAGGAUCUCCACCUUAUAAAGACAAAUCAGAUGCAAUCUAUGUUUCUCGAAUCACAGAAGGUGGUGCUGCUGAAAAGGAUGGAAAGUUGCUAGUGGGAGAUAGGGUGAUAUCAAUAAAUGGUGUUGACAUGGAGGGUGCUCGGCAUGACCAGGCAGUGUCGAUGCUGACUGGUCUUGAGAGAUUUGUCCGUCUGGUGGUGGAACGAGAAGUGUUGGUUCCUCGUGAAUCAUUGUGUAGCAGCCCAUCUCCCUCGCCAAGCCCAGGCUCAGAGAAGUCCCCUCGUGUGUUUGGUGUCCCAAAACCUUAUACUGGACUAUAUAGUGCCAAUAGCUAUAUGGCAAAUCGGCCCGGUUAUACUGGGUACAGGCGACCGAUGCCUGAAAGGACUUCUGGAACAAGCUAUGGAAAGUUGCCUGGACUUAGGAAUGAAACGUCUGGAACAGUAACAAAUAGUGAUAAUAAAACAGUUGGUGCAUUGCCAGACACUCAUAUGAACACUACUAAAGAUGCCAGUGCCAUAACCAGUGUUGAUGCAAAGGUAGAACCCCCGCGUCCUGCUCCCCGUCGCGUUCCACAGGCACAAGCCUCGGAUACCUCUACACCUGCACCUGAAACCACUUCAGAGCCAGUUCAGGUACUUCCAAAGCCCAUCACCAAUGAGGAAUUCCAAGCUAUGAUACCUGCUCGGUUCCUUCAGUCCUCUGCCACAGAUUCCACACAGGAGCCCCCUGGGCCCACCGUGACAGUGACUAUCAAGCAGCCUGAACACUCAGCUGGUGACAUCAAAUUCCCUCCUGCCCCAACAACUCUCGGUAAAGUGACAGAGACCAUCACAAAGAGCACAUUCACCGAGACGGUUGUGACUCGGGUCACGGAGAACAAGGAGGUUCUUCCCGUCAUCAUUGAGGAGGUGACACUUGUGAAGGAGGGUGGCUCGUUAGGAUUCAGUAUUAUUGGAGGAAUAGACCACUCAUGUAUGCCUUUUGGAGCAAGUGAACCAGGCAUUUUCAUAUCACAUGUGGUUCCAGGUGGAAUAGCUGCUCGCUCAGGGAAGUUACGGAUGGGGGAUCGAAUCCUGAAAGUAAAUGGUGAGGAUGUGACCAAAUCAAGUCAUCAGGAAGCAGUGCAGAAACUUUUGAAACCUGGAGAUGAAAUUGUUCUCACCAUUCAGCAUGAUCCCUUACCAGAGGGAUAUCAGGAGUUGAGAAUAGUGAAGGCAGAAGGGGAGAAACUGGGGAUGCAUAUCAAGGGUGGACUGAGAGGUCAUCGUGGUAAUCCACUGGAUCGUACUGAUGAAGGUGUUUUCAUUUCCAAAAUCAACUCUGGUGGGGCUGCAAAGCGGGAUGGCAGACUUAAGGUUGGGAUGAGGCUUUUGGAAGUCAAUGGUGUUUCCCUGUUGGGAGCCUCACACCAAGAAGCAGUGAAUGUGCUCAGAAAUUCUGGGAAUGAGAUAAUGCUGGUGGUGUGCAAAGGCUAUGAUAAGGCUGAAGUUGACAGAUUGUUGGCAGAAGGAAAGCUUAGCAGAGAAUCCAAAUCCGUCUCACAAAGCGUGUCUAGUCUUGAUCGUGAUGAUGAAGAUACAGCUACACUGAGACAGGAACAGGAAAUGAAGCAGGAGUUGGUAGAGUGGGAGAAAGAGGAACAAGAGAGGAGAGAGAAAGAAUUGGCAAUUCAGCAGGGACAGCAGAUUGUGUCUUUAGGUGAUGCAGCCCGGGAGAAGUCAACUCCAGAGAGGGUGCUGGAUGUGGUGAGAGCAGCAGAGCUCUUGGUGAACAAACCUUCCAGUCCAACAGAGUUGAUGGUACCGAAGUCUCCAGGUGGUCCCAAGACGGAUCUGAAAACGACCACCAUUGUGAUGAGCAAGCACACUCUUGCUCCCCAGACCAGCACGCCUGUUUCUGGUGGGGCCAACCCCCUUGCUGGCGUCUCUACUACGCUUCCUCGCACGUCUCCAAAUCAAGCUAACUUGACAGCAUCCAAACAGAAUGCAACAUUGCCUUUGCAAGCGAGUAUACCCAAAACACAAGCUUCUCUAUCCCACGCAGUAGCCAAAACAGAAAACACUCCAUCUGCAACUACCCAUUCCUCUGUACCUGUAUAUGCUUCAGCACUGGAUGGUACUGUGACACAUUCAGUGCAGUCUAGUGCUUUGCCUGCAGCACAUCCCAUGCACUCUACCUUUAUAAAUCAAGGCUCCUAUUCCACUGCUGUUCCUGCAACAGUUCACUACACUGUUCAGGUUCCAAACUAUAGUAUCCCUCCUUUACCUCAGACAGCCCCACUCCCUCCUCCCAUUUCUCUUCUCAAUUAUUCCACAAUUACAGCCCACACUGAUGCAGAAAAUAAAAAUAAUCCAGUGAACAGCCUGCACACUGGUUACAGUGCUGUGGGAUCUCUUCCACAACCACUUUCUUCAGUGACUUUCAAUUCAUCCUCCGAACAGGCUGUACAGCCCUCCCCACAGACUCAGUACAAACAAUAUUCCACCACCUUCCCACCCUCCACUGCAUCGUAUUUCACUGAAGAAGCCAUAUCACCCUCAUCACACACUUUGUAUAGCCAAUAUUCCAGCAUCCCACCUUCCACUUCCACUUCCACCACUUCCACUUCCUUCACUGAAGGAAACAUAUCAGCCCCAUCACGUUCUCUGUGUAACCAGUAUUCUGCUGUCCUGCCCUCCACUGAAGCAACCAUACCACCGACAUCACACACUCUUCAUAACCAACAUUCCGCCCUCCCCCCCUCCAGUGCCACAUCAUCCACGAAAGGACCUGUACACUCCCGAACACGCACACUGUAUAGUCAAUAUUCUGCCCUCCCACUCACCAGUUCAACUUCUUUCACUGAAGAACCCCCAUUGCACACUUUGUAUAGCCAAUAUUCCCCCCUUCCACCCUCCACUGGCGUACAUGAUGAGGAAGAUCCUUAUUCCUCCACUGAUGACUUGUUGGAUCCCAUUGCUCGCAGCCGCAAACCAAAUGCUCGACUUUCUGGAAAGAAGAUCGAUCUGAUGGAGGGUGUGAACAAUGUUGAAGUGGUAAAGAAGAUGUCGGUGAGUGACAAAAUGAAGUUUUUUGAGAAGGCCAUGGAAGAGCAGCAUCAGCCUUCUCCUAAGCCAGAAAAGGUUUUCAGCUUCCUAAGUCAAGAUGAAGUGGAACGCAUGAAGCAAGAGGAAGAGAAGAAAAUUGCUGCUCUUUCGAAAGACGAGCUCAAGAACUGGACACAUUUAGAUGAAGCUGAGGAAGAUGAUGAGGACAGCAAGAAUCACACGCAUACAUCAAGUGCCAUGCCUCCCUCAAGUGGCCUGCUGAGUGUGGGCAGCGUGAGGACAGCCAAGGCUGAACGAAGAAUGAAAGAGAAACUGCAGCAGGAGGGACUCUUGACGGAUGAAGACGAUGACAGAGAGUUGUCACCAGCAGAGCAGAGGGCACUCAAGGCAGAGAAGCGAGCAGCAUGGAGACAGGCAAGGCUGAAAUCUCUGGAACAGGAUGCAUUGCAAGCACAGAUGGUUAUUAAGAAGAUGAGUGAAAUGAUUGAUUCGAAAUCAAGCAGUCAGGACACAGGGAUUGGUACUGCUUUGUCCAACAACAAUGGUGCGAUUCCAGACAAAGAAAAUAAUAUUGAGUUACGCACCACAUUACGGCCCUCUAGUGAUGAUUUCCCAAAGCUCUCUCUGCGUGCCAAAGAGGGCGCAACUAAGGUGCGUGAGUUGGAGAGGGUUGUUGGGGAAACGGUGACACAACGUACAGAGGAGUACAUAGACGAGCAAACAGGGGAAAUGAAAGUCCGCACCAUAGAGUAUGUUGAAAAGCUGAUUGAGCGAGAGGUUGAGACAUUAAAAGAAAAGAUUAUAUCAUUGGAGUUAUCAAAUCCUGAAAGUGAGAAGGAAGGUGAAGGUGAAGUAAAUGGUGAAGAUGAAGAAGGGGAGGGGGAACCUCCUACUACUCCUGUGUCCCCAACUCCAUCAGAGGAACCUAUAGGUGGAACCCUGGGGAGCAAGAAGCGGAGACGUAAACGUUCCAAGAGAGGGAAACAUUAAGUUUUCACAUUUAAUCACAUGAUUCAUCACAGUGAAGUGUCACAAGUUCGUGAUAUAUACGAGACAAGUCACAUUAAUAUAAUUUAGUGUUUCUCAUGGUGGCAGGUGUGGGGUUAUAGUGAUACAACUGACCAGCAAAAGAAUAACAUGGAAGGUAUAUAAUGGGACCAAUCAGAGAGCACUUUUCAUUUCAGUUAUCUAAUUUGUAUUAUGUUAUUGUCAAACAUUUUAACCAUGUCACUGCUGUUAUAAAGGCAUCUAAGACUAUGCGCUGAGCUGUGAAAAAUAAUGUGCAGUGUAAGAGUUAAAUAAUUUAUGAUGCAGACAUGGGUGGGGUUCUCUAAGAAUGCUUAUUUGUAAUAAUAAAGAAAGAUUUAUAUUAUUAAAGUAGUAUGCUGUUCAUUGAUUGGCCCCCCCCUAUGUACCUCUCAUUAUUGUGACAAGUAUUUUAUAUGUUUUUAUUAUAUUUGAUCAAGAUAAUAUUUUUGAUGGAAAAGUUUUUUACGAAGAUGAUCUGUUGAACACAUCACAAAUUUUAAUGGUAUGGGAGUUUUUUUCUAUUAUUAUUUAAUUAACAGGUCAUUUAACACAUUCUGCUAGAAUUAAGUAUUUAACCUAAUACAUCCAUUGUUCAUUUAUAUGUAUUUCAUGAUACCUGUACAAAAGAGUAGCAGUCAUAUAGGCAUAUUUGUAAGAAUUUAUUUAAUAACCAUUAGAGAAUGCAUAAUAAACGGUUUUACAGUCUUGGGAUGAAUAAAUGUUAUUAACUGCAGUUGUGGCUUUGUGGACGUGACAUAAUAAUUAUAUCAGAUCAGUGUUGAUCUCUUCAUAAAAACAGCUGUGAAUGAUAAUACUUCUGGAUCUGAUACUGCCACAGCUACUGGUCCAUUGUAUAGAGCGAGUAUUGUUAUUCCACAGAGUGCUCCUGCAGCUUUGAGGGUGCAUGUACAGUGUAAAUUUUGUUGUGUCAUAGACUCAGUACCAUAUCAAGAUGAAAUGAAGAGUAUAAUUUCAUGAAAUAAUUUUUGUUCAAUUUUCUGUGAUGUUGAUAUAGACAGUCUGUAUUUCCUUACCUUGAAAUGGUGUUUUAUUAGUUGGAUGUGUGUAUUUACAAAUUUUAAGGCAUAUUGUUUAAAAAUAUAUUUGCAGUGAUAUUGA